AUGUUGGCUGGGUGCUCUAGUUCCACAUUGUUGUCACCAAGGCAUAGAUUGAGGAGUGAAGCAGCAGCACAGUUACAAGCUUGCCAUUUCCAGUUACCAGCAAUGAGCACACAGAGAUUGGACUUACCAUGCAGCUUUCCUCGGAAAGACACCUCCAGGUCACAACCCAUUAGGCCUGUGGGGCUUUCGGUGGAGAAAUCGAUCGAUUCGAAGACCAGCAGUUGUUCUCUGAAGCAGAGCAUCAGGCUGCCUCCUCUGGCUACCAGCGGUCCUGUGACAAGUGCAGCUCAGACGGCGGCGUUUGUGGAGGCGAGAAAGGAGGUUAAUGAUCAGUUUUGGGAGAAGAAGAGAGGUAAGAGCUUGAAGAGGUUUGCAGAGCAGGGCUCAGUGGACGAUGAUGAGUCUUGCAUAAACAGAGCAAAGAGAAAAAAGGGUUGCUUUGAUAAUGGCAAAGGGGAUGAAGGUGGUGAUGGUUUGAGUUUAGGCCAAUUGGGUGCUGGGAAUUUUUGGUUUCAGCCUGAUUUCCAUGUGCCCAGGUCAGUUCAGUCAAUCACCACAGGCCUUGAUCCUCCUCCUGAACUUCCAUUCUCUUUGACAUGCUCAGGAGAUGAAGAGAGGGUUUGUUAUGUUCCAGCUGAAGCCAUUUCACAGCCUUUGCCAUUGUCAAACAAUCCUUGGUUGGAUUCAAUUGUGACUGAGAUCACUGACCUUGGCGAGAAGGACGCCGAAACUAGGCGUGGACUGGGAAGGGAAGCAUCAGCAGCAGCAUCGAGCGCUUCAUCGGAUAGCCAAAGCUUGGGUUUGAGGCUAAAUGAGAGUGCCUCUGAACAUGAAGCUGGUAAUGGGUCUAGAGAUCCUUAUAUCCCACAUGGAGGUGCAGGGGUUGAGGCAGAGGAUGAUGAUGAUGAUGAGAGUGAAGGAGAGCACCAGGGUUUUGAGCUUGUUAGCUUGCUUACGGCUUGUGUGGAGGCAAUUGGGUUGAAGAACAUUGCAGCAAUUAACCAUUUCAUAGCUAAGUUGGGGGAACUUGCUUCUCCAAGAGGAACCACCAUAAGCCGGCUUACGGCCUAUUACACUGAAGCUUUAGCUCUGAGAGUCACUAGGCUUUGGCCACAUGUGUUUCAGAUCACUCCUCCUAGAGAGUUUGAUAGAGGAGAUGAUGACUCUGGCAUUGCACUGAGGCUUCUAAACCAGGUUAGCCCAAUUCCAAAGUUUCUUCAUUUUACCUCAAAUGAGAUACUGCUGAGAGCUUUUGAAGGGAAGGACAGGGUUCACAUCAUAGAUUUCGACAUCAAGCAAGGGCUUCAGUGGCCUAGUUUGUUCCAGAGUUUAGCUUCUAGGGCCAAUCCACCAAGCCACAUUAGGAUCACCGGUAUAGGGGAGUCGAAGCAAGAGCUCAACGAGACAGGAGAUAGGCUUGCUGGAUUUGCUGGGGCAUUGAACCUGCCCUUCGAGUUCCACCCCGUUGUGGACAGGUUGGAAGAUGUGAGGCUUUGGAUGCUUCAUGUGAAGGAGCAAGAAAGUGUGGCAGUGAAUUGUGUUUUCCAACUGCACAAGACUCUUUAUGACGGGACUGGAGGAGCUCUGAGAGAUUUUUUGGGACUCAUCCGAAGCACAAACCCGACAAUAGUCCUCAUGGCAGAGCAAGAGGCUGAGCACAAUGAGCCUAGGCUGGAGACAAGAGUCUCCAACUCAUUGAAGCACUACUCUGCCAUAUUUGACUUGAUUAGUUCUAGCCUUCCUUUGGAGAGCCAGGCCAGGAUCAAAGUAGAGGAGAUGUUUGCACGCGAAAUCAGGAAUGUCAUUGCUUGCGAAGGAAGCGAUAGGUUGGAGAGGCACGAGAGCUUUGAGAAGUGGAGGAAGCUGAUGGAGCAAGGAGGGUUUCGAUGCAUGGGGAUAACGGAGAGGGAAAUGCUUCAGAGCCAGUUUCUGUUGAAGAUGUAUGCUGGUGAGAAUUACAAUGUGAAGAAGCAAGGACAAGAUGGAGCAGCAGCACUUACUCUAGGUUGGAUGGAUCAGCCUCUAUACACAGUUUCAGCAUGGACACCAGUUGAUGUUGCAGGCAGCUCAUCGUCAUUUUCGCAACCAAGUUAA